AUGAGCUCCGACAGUCCCCCAAAACGACCAAAACAAGCACCCAUGCUUUGCGAACAAAGUGGCCGUACUCGGACCAUCCCUGAUUAUCGGGCCCUCAGUGGUUCCACACCGAAGAAGAGUAACCCCACUCACUCCCAAGUCGUCUCUGACUCCAGAACCGCCCCAGUAGAAGCGAGGACAGUUCCAGGUCCUUCCACGAAUAUUACCCCAGUAACUCCCCCGAUCUUUGCGAAUAUAUCUCAACUUCAUGAUGCAGCGAAACGACUUCCAUCCUCCACCCCUGGAGGGAGUCCAGGUUCAGUUUUUGGACAAUACAGCAUCACGUCGAUCAUGCAUGCCUUAUCAUUAUAUGCAACACCUGCGGAUGCAUGGGAGGGGGAAAUUAAUCCAUGGCUUGACCAGCACUUCGGAGUUUGGGCUAUGGGAUGGCCGGGGGCUAUUCAGAAGUUGGUGAAUCAGAUUUCAGUUGGUCCUCACGGCCUCGAUGGCUUUAUAGAAAUUCUCCAGUGGCUAGUAGGCAAUGGCUACACUGUGGACGCCAUGCUUGGGGGGAAGGUGGAUAACAUAAUUCAUGCCAUUGACUUCGUUGUUGGAUCAUCUUCACGCCCCGCAUCCCCUUCUCGCACUUCCAUGGCAAAUUCCAGUCAUGAUGUGAGACCUGGAGUCAGUGCGGUGGAACGGCAUUCCGAAAUCAUGGCACCUUCGCAGCAUCCCAAUGCCAGUCCUCCAAGAUCUAAAGCCCAUGCUGCGGAACCUCUACUUGAUAAUCUCUCCCUGCACUUCGUGUCAGUCCUCCCGGCAAACACUGCCAUGCCCACUGCUCCUAAGAGAGGUGUGAAGCCUAGAGUCAAUGCAGCGAAACAGCAUGUCGGUAUCAUGGCACCAUCGCAAAGUCCCAUUGCCAGCCUUCCAGCAUCUGCCCCCACAGACAUCCUAUUUCAUGACCUCUCUCCACGCUCCAGGCCUGCUAGCCAGUCAAGCCACGUGGCACCUACCAGUUCAACUGCUCCAAAGAGGGGCAUCUCACCUGAACAGGACAGUCACAUGUUGGUUAAGGAACCGGCUAAGAAGAAGCACAGAGGUGGCAAGUUGAGCAAGGGAAAGAUCAAGGAGUUGGCAUUGAAGAAGAAAGAGUUCCUACAGUAUUUGGAGGAAAAGGGCGAUGAAUGGGGGCAUGAAUCUCAGCGAGAGUCUUCAACCUUCGAAAACCACCAUUGCUUGGAAUAA